UUUAACGAGCUGCGAAAAGGACCCGAUGGAAGAGAACCAGAACACUGACCGAUCCGCCUCUCGGAGAGCGCGCUGACCAGCCGGGACACAUCUCACUGUCGGGCUGAGAUACACACCAUGAAGAGGAGAGGGAAAGCGGCAAAGACACUCAAAAGCUACUGGGGAGGUUGAUGUGGACUUCGCCUCCUGUGCCCAGGUGGUCCUUCCUGGAGCAUGCCCGUAUCUCACAAUGCCCCUACUUGCAGACUGGUUAAUGCGCCACUCAGUGGUCAUGUGUUUGCUGCUGCACAGCCUGGUGCUAAUGACCUUUUGCUUCCACCAUGCUGCUACCAGUUGCUCCAAGAGCUGCUAUUGUUCUGAGAGCGAGAGUGGCGGUAAGACAGUGCGAUGCAGCAAUCUGCAGCUCACGGAGAUCCCCCAGGAUAUCCCCAAUGACACACAACGCGUCUACCUGGACUUCAACCUCUUUACUACAGUCCCAACGAAUGCUUUUGCAGGUUUGCCCUACCUGGUCGAACUGGAUCUAUCGCACAAUGAAUUAAGCCAGUUAGAGCCAGGGGCGUUCAGAGGCCUGGGCUCCUCACUACAGUUCCUGGACAUUUCUUCUAACAAGUUAGUUAACUUUAACCCUGAGGCCUUCGAGGGCCUGCGGUCUCGCGCCAACCUCACAAAUAAUCCAUGGCAUUGUGACUGCAACUUGCAGUUGGCAAUGCCCCGCGUGGACCUGGAGCCUGCGUCGCUGACGGGCAUCGUGUGCCAGACUUCAGAUCCAGAGGAAAUAGGAGUUCAAGGACUUGCCUUCCUGUUGGCACCAGACAUAGAUCUAUGUGUGGUGAUGAAGAGGACUACAGAUGUGGCCAUGCUGGUCGUCAUGUUCGGCUGGUUCACCAUGGUCAUCUCCUACCUGGUCUACUAUGUCAGGGCUAAUCAGGAGGAUGCCCGCAGACACUUGGAGUAUCUCAAGUCAUUGCCCGGCAUACAGGGCAAGUCGGAGGAGUCUUCCACCAUUAGUACUGUGGUAUAGGGCUGACAGAGCUACACGUGGGACCUGAAGGGGUAACCCGCGCCAAACAGGAUGGAGCUACAACCUACGACUACGGUCAUCAUCAGUCUCAGAUGGUUUUGCUCAGUUGUUGUCACAGAGCCAAGGUGGACAAAAAGACAUGUGUACAUCUGGACAAGAAAACCAGGCCGAUGCAACCUAUGAAUAAUUCAUCUUUCAGCGACCCAUUAAGAGGUUUUGUUGGCUCAGAUGAUGGUCUAGUCUGUGCGCUAAGGGAGUAAAAGCAGCAGCAUGUUUUUGGAUACAAAUGGGAUUUAUCCAGUGGUGCAUGCACCUACAGGAGAUGCACCUCGCUCGCUAACGGACAAUAACAGAGACAAUGUCAAACAGCGAUAUGAACGAUAGCAGCAAGCAACACAAGAAUGAAGAUAUCCAUGUAUAACUGUUUCCAUUAAAACCCUUAUGGUAUUCACCAGUAAAUUCAAAGUAAAAAUAUG